AUGAAUUAUUUUGGUCCAUUCAAAAUGGUUUUAUUAGGUGAAACAUAUGUAGGAAAAUCGUCUUUAGCACUACGAUUUGUCAAAGGACAAUAUUAUGAACAUGGUGGAAGUACUAUUGGUGCUGCUUUUUUUUCCCACACGUUACAAAUUGAUGAUGACUCAUCAAUGAAAAUUGAACUUUGGGAUACAGCUGGUCAAGAACGAUUCCAUGCUUUAGCUCCUAUGUAUUACCGUGAUGCUGCAGGAAGUUUAAUUAUCUAUGAUAUAACAAGUGCUGCGUCAUUUCAUCGAGCAAAAUUAUGGGUUACAGAAUUAUAUCAAACGAAUAAUAUUAAUAUGGUGAUUGCUUUAGUAGGAAAUAAAGCUGAUCUCGCCAUAGGAGAAAAACGUGAAGUUGAUAUGCGAGAAGCUAAUGAAUAUGCAGAAGUAAAUGGACUUAUUUUUAUGGAGACAUCAGCAAAAAGUGGUGAAAAUGUACACGAAAUAUUCAUGAAUAUUGCUAAAAAAGUUCUUUUAAAACAACCACUGAAUAAAUUGGAGAAACCACGUAACAUAAUUGCAUCAAAAAAAUCGCGAUCAGAUAACAGUAGCAACUGUUGCGAUAGUAAAACCAAAUGA